AUGACAAGGGGAUUCGGAAUUUUUGAGUACGGAAGAUCUUCAUCAACAGGCCAUGAGCUAGCCCGGGGUGGCAACAAUGACGGAGCUGGUAUAACCAAUACCUCGUAUGAGGAGAAGCCCAGCUACGCUAUUGGACAAACAACAAGCGAUACCAAUACCGAUUUCAUCGAACCGAGAAACGCCGAAGAAACUGAAAAAGUACGAUCAUCGCUUGUUCGCAAGUUUGAUCACAGACUGGUGCCUGCCAUGUUCCUCGCCCAUCUUCUCUUCUUCCUCGACAAGAGCAACAUUGCUCUCGCUCGGAUCAAUGGACUCGAGAGGGACCUCAAACUGACUGGCAACCAAUUCAACACCGCUCUGGCAAUGUUCUUCAUUCUCAACAUCUUGUUCAACAUCCCAGGAAACCUAGUUGUGCGCAGUGUCGGAGGUGCCAUAUGGCUGCCCUCGCUGAUCAUAGCAUGGGGACUAGUCACCACUUUCAGCGGCUUCAUCACCAACUUUGCCGGCCUCUGCAUCACACGCGCUUUCCUUGGUCUAACAGAAAGCUCUUUUCUCGGUGGCGUCUUGAUCUACCUUGGGUUUUUCUACACCGCAGACGAACUCAUCCUUCGGGUAGGCUUGUUCUACUCGAGUACUGCACUUGCCGGGUUCCUUGGUGGCCUAAUGGCUGCGGGAUUCGGACAGAUCAAAGUCUCAAAUUACGAUGGCUGGCCCUGGAUCUUCUUCAUUGAAGGAUCUUUGACUGUUUUGCUCGGACUCGUGCUGCUUUUUGUCUUGCCGCACACCCCAGCUGACGCCAAGUUCCUAUCAUCAACAGAAAAGACUCUAGCUGUCCAAAGAAUGCAGACGCAAGAUCGAUGGCAUUAUCUCGGGGCUCCCAGAUUGAACGACCAAGAAUCAGCAGGAGAUGACCAAUUGAGUAACAGAGUCCAGGCGAAGAAGGACUCUCUCACGUUGAUGACAAUUCUGAGCGCCAUAGGCAACGCCGUCACUAUUCUCAUGGCCAUCGGCAGUUUCUUCUCCAUACAGGCUAUCUACAGCUUUUCCAUGUUCUUCCCGACCAUCAUAUCUGCUAUGGGAUAUAAAAAGCUCCAAGCAUCAUUGAUGACGGCUCCACCGAAUUUCGCGGCUUUGGUAUUCACCAUUGGAAUCUCUGUGUGGAGCCGCAGGUCUGGCAAGACCGCGUUGCCGUUGAACGUUUGCAGUAUGACUGGCAUAUUUGGGUAUGUUCUGAUGAUUAUUGGAGCCAAGGUCGGUCCGGCACCAAUAUUCAUGAACAUCAAGAUUCAAUAUGCCGGAAGUUUCUUCAUUGCCAUGUCGGUCAAUGCGACACCCCCUCUGGCACUCACUUGGAUGAGCAUCAAUGCCUCUCCGCACUACAUUCGAGCUGUUGCUUUGGGCUUUCUUCUAUCGAUCGGGAACUCGGCCGCGUUCCUCGCCUCAUUUACCUACAUCAAAACUGAAGCACCCAGGUAUCUGAAGGGGCAGUCUAUCAAUCUUGGCUGUCUAUUCGGUUUGUUAGUAAUAGGAAUCGUGUUGCCCUUGUACAUGCGGAGGGAGAAUCGGCUACGCGACCAAGGAGCGCGCGACCACCGACUGGAUGAGAACCACAGGGGUGCCAUAUCCUUGGAGGAGCAUGAGUUCAGACUUGGGUGGAUGCAUCCUGCUUUCCGUUUCAAGUUUUGA